AUGGCCGGUGGAGACACUUCUAAACUUCUCAGCCUCACCUACAAAGCUCUCCACAGGAAUGCACCAAUGAUGGAGGAGGACCGGAGUCACAUGACCGAGAAGAUUCUAAACCUCACCCUGGAGAUCAUCUACCUGCUGACCGGAGAGAGUUUUCCUCUUCUGAAGUCUGGUGAUCAUGUGACCAUCACAGUGCCCCCAUGUGACUCCCUAAAACCCGAGAGACCCAACAUGGAGAAGAUUCUAGAAGUCACCAAGAAGAUGAUGGAGCUGCUGAUGGGAGAGAGUGGAGACCUCGGGGAUUAUAACAUUGUUGUAAAAAAAGAGCCUACAGAGGAAGAUGGGGAGUACGGGGUGAUGAAGGAGCUUAGUGAGGGACACAUGGACAUUAUGAUGGAGCCGCCUAGUAAGAGGAACCCACCAGAGAGAUGUCCCCGCCCUCUGUAUUCCCGGGAUCCCACCCAGGAAGAUCUCACCAUCCCCCGCCAUGAUCAGGGUGAAGAUCUGAUGAAGAUGAAAGUUGAGGGUGAAGUAGAAGAGACGUAUGUGAGGGAUGAUCAGCGAUAUACGGAGGAGGCCGGGAUGAUGAGGACAUCCAUAGAGGAGGACACGCCUACAGAGAUCAGCACAGGACACGCCAUGGAGGAACCCUCAAAGGAUCGUCUGACUUUAUCUCCAGGUUGUAAGAUGGAAGAUGAGGACAUCACAGCAGAUUGUGCGGGAGAAGAGACAAUGAGCUCAGCUAUGGAUGGUGGACUUCACAGUGUGGAUAGACCAUGGAAUCCCUCUGACUCUGAGCGGCCUCGUCCUGUGGGGGAUGGGGCCGGAAUUCAAGGGGAGAAGACAUUUUCCUGUCCUGAGUGUGGGGAAGGUUUUAGCUCUGAAUUAAGUCUUACUGUGCAUCAGAGAUCUCACACGGGUGAGAAGCUUCACACCUGUCCUCAGUGUGGGAAAAGUUUUUUUUAUAAAUCAGCACUUGUCAUCCAUUACAGAUCCCACACAGGGGAGAAGCCGUUUUCCUGUCUUGAGUGUGGGAAAUGCUUUCAUCAGAAAUCACACCUUGUUACACAUCAAAAAACUCACACAGGGGAGAAGCCGUAUUCUUGCCCUGAGUGUGGGAAAUGCUUUUACCAGAAAUCACACCUGGUAACACAUGAAAGAUCUCACACAGGUGAGAAGCCAUAUUCCUGUUCGCAGUGUGGAAAAUGUUUUUCACGGAUGUUCAGUGUUACUGAACAUCAGAUAUGCCACACGGGUGAAAAACCGUUUUCCUGCCUUGAGUGUGGGAAAUGUUAUACACGGAAAUCAGACGUUCUUGUACAUCAAAGAUCCCACACAGGGGAGAAGCCAUACUCUUGUCCUGAGUGUGGGAAAGGUUUUUCAAAGAAAUCCCAUCUUAACAUACAUCAUAGAUCUCACACGGGGGAGAAACCCUAUUCUUGUGCUCAGUGUGGAAAAGGUUUUUCACAGAAGUCCAAUCUUAAAAAACAUCAGAUAAGCCACAAGGGUGAAAAGCUGUUUUCCUGCCCCGAGUGUGGGAAAAGUUAUCUACGGAAAGCAGAACUUAUUGUACAUCAACGAUCUCACACAGGGGAGAAACAGUAUUGCUGUCCAGAGUGUGGGAAAGGUUUUUUGCAGAAGUUUUGUCUUACCAAGCAUCAGAGAUCCCACACAACCCUUAAGGUGUCUUAG